AGCACAGACCUAAAAAGAGAGGAGAAGAAGAAAACAAGCGAAGAAGAAACGAAAACGAACGUCGCUUGAAUUAUUUUUUUAUCAAGUUUUGGCACAUUUCCCAGCUAAAUAUCAGUUUUUUCGCCUUGUUUGUAUAAUUUCACACCAAGCACCAUGCCGAAGAGGAAAGUAACAUUUGAGGACGGGGACGGGGUGUUAGAGCUGGAUGAAGACCUACCAAACAAAAAGAUUUGUGAGGUUGUGAGUGGACCAGGCUCCAGGUUUAAGGGCAAACAUUCCCUUGACAGUGAUGAAGAGGAUGAAGGGGAAGAAACAAAAAGCAGCAACAAAUAUGAUAUUCUUGCCAAUGAUGACGUGGAAGGCCAAGAGGGAGCCACAAUUGACUAUGACGAGGGAGUUUCUAUUACACCUUUCAACCUGGAUGAGGAGAUGCAGGAAGGAUACUUUGACUCCGAGGGAAACUAUUUCAUCAAAAAGGAAGAACAGAUUAGAGACAAUUGGCUCGACAACAUUGACUGGGUGAGAAUAAAAGAACAACCUUACAAACAAAAGAAGAAAGGUCUCGGAGCCAAACGGAAACGCAGAGCUGGGGAUGAGGAUGAGGCUGAGGAAGAGAAACAGAGAGAAGAGAAGCAGGCAGGUGGAGAAAACAAUGAAGAAGAAGAAGAAGAGGAGGAGAUGGAGCCUGCAGAGGACCCGCUGGCAUCCUACACGCAGCACCAGCUCACUGAAGCUGUGGUCGAACUGUUGCUACCUGGGGAGACAGUUGCCAAAGCACUCCGUCGGCUAGGAGGCCUUGGAGGAAGGAAGAAGGGGAAGCUGAGGGAACAGAGUGAACCCACGGAGGAGACCAAAAGGGAUACAGAAAAGCUCGACAGGCUCACAGCACUAGCUGACAGAUUGGUUGGAUCUGGGAUGUUUGAGAUAUAUCAGCAAACAUAUGAAAAAUUGGCCUAUAUGAUGAAGAGCAUGAAGAGCAAGCGACCAGCUGUGGGGAAGAAACCCGUUGGUGAUAGUGAUGAAGAAGAUGAACUUGACAUGUUCGCAGAUAAAUUUGACGAGACUCAUACAGGCAGAUCAGAGAGGGAAGAAGACGAAAAAGUGAGUGAUGAAGUCAUGUGGGAGUACAAAUGGGAAAAUAAGGAUGAUUCAGAGGUUUUCGGCCCUUUCACCAGUCAGCAGAUGCAGGGUUGGGUGGAUGAAGGCUAUUUCAGCACUGGUGUUUACUGCAAAAGGGUCGACCAGGAUGGAGCUCAGUUCUACAACUCAAAGAGACUCGACUUUGAGCUGUUUACAUGAUUUAUGUCCAGCAGUAAAUGAAUCACAACCAUCACGAUCACUCUCAGCAGUCAUGUUUUGCCCUCAAUCCUUCAAUCUUUUCACCCAGGGCUUUGCUGGCAAAUUUAUCAUUUUAACAGGGGCUUUGUUUUCUGUAUAUUGUUUUUAAAUAAAUAACUGAUGUAUGUGGUGUUGCUAUCAGCCA